GUUAGUUCACUAAUUACCUAGUUCAAAAAUGAAGAAAUAUUUCUUUUUAUUUUUUGUUUUUAUUCCAGGGUUUACUGUAGCUUCAGAUUGUUCUCUCUUCCUAGAGAACAAAAUCUGCGAGUUUUCUCCUUCAAACUUAGUUGAUUCUGUUGAAAACAGUGCCAAUGCAGCAGAUUGCCAGGCUGAGUGUUCAAGGAAUGUCAACUGUGGAAGUUUUACCUGGAUAUCUUUCUCUGAAUUACCCCCAGCCUGCUACCUUUUCAGGGACUGUGAUAAAACCAGUGAAUGUGAAGGAGAAUGUGAAUAUUCAGUGUCUGGUCCUGCCAGUCUAGGGUCUCCUGUAUACCCUGGGGAUUGUUGUAAUCAAAUAACAUAUGAUUAUGGAUGUCAACAAAAUUUCUUCAACACUAUUGCUGGUUUGCCUGGUAUUUCGGAUGCUGGAGUGUGUCAGUAUCUUUGUCAGAAUAAGAAGGAGUUCCCUGAUUGUGAAUUCUUCCUUUACGACACUAAUUCUUUAAGAUGCUUCCUACUCAGUUCAUGCCAUGAAGCUGAUUUCUACAACAACUGUGUGAGUGGUCCUGACCAUCCAUCCUUGUAUUUAUGCUCUGGAGGACCACAGCCCUCAACAUCAAGUUCACCACCUCCAUCAUCAACAACAUCCUCGUCCUCAACAACAGCCAGCAGUUCACCAACAACAACAACAUCAAACAGCUCAUCUAAUACAACAACAUCAGUAGAUACAACAACCAUAACUUCAACUUCUUCAACACAAAAGCCCAUUAAUGAUACAACAACAUCUGCUGUAAGCACUUCAACUCCAUCCUCCAACACCGCUGUUCUUAUCGGAGGCUCGAGUGGGGUUACGGAAGUGUAUCCCUGUAACCCUAAUAUUGCUGAUCAAGAGGCUAUCCUAAGAACUGGAUUAGGUGCCGCAGUGCUACAUGGAGACAUAUAUUACUGUGGAGGAUUUUCAGAGGAAGCUGAAACAUUUGGAUAUUUGAAGUCCUGCUUUAAAAGUUCUAAAGAUGGUUGGACUGAGAUUGGUGAAAUGAACCUUGCGAGAUCUUUCUUUUCAUUGAAUACAGUUGGAGACAAACUCAUCGCAGCAGGAGGGGUUGGAGAAAGGGGAUAUAUGGAUGACAUGAUAUCGUUUGAUGGCUCCUGGUCAUCUUAUGGACGAUUGUCUCCUGCAAGGAACAAACACUGUGCAGUUGCAAUCAGUGAAACAGAAAUAGUUUUUCUUGGAGGUGUGAACGAUGGAGAACUUGAUAAUGUUGAGAUGUUUAGUGAAAUCCAGGGCUGGACCACUUUACCGCAAAUGACAUCCACGAGGUAUUCGCAUGCUUGUGUUGUAUAUAAUGGAGAAAUUAUUGUGUCUGGCGGCCAUUCUCUCCGAGCAGAUCUAAAUAUUGUCGAAGCUUUGAAUCUGAGUUCUCUAGAAUGGAGAUCCCUGCCAUCUUUGAAUAAAACCAGGUCGUCUCAUACAAUGGAGGUUGUGAACGGUGAACUGAUGGUGUUCGGAGGAGUUGGAGGCCAGGAUAGUCUUGAGAUAUUGGAGGCAGAAGAAUGGAUACUGGAGGCGCUGGAGGGGAAACAUGUUUAUCAUGCAUCAGUUACCAUUCCAUACGAAUAGCUUCAUAAUAUGUAUUUUAAUAAAAAAAAUAUAAGAAAUGAUAAUUCAAUAA